UAAUUGAUAUUAUCGACAUUAUUGGCACGUUGGCAAGACGUGAUAAUUAUAUAUAUGAAAAAUGCUUCCUAAUACUCCAUAUUAUUCUAUUAAUCUCUAUAUACGAGCUUCUGACCAUGCGUUGGAUGCAGUGGAUACAUAGUGCCAUUCCUCUCUCUCUCUCUCUCUCUCGUUCAAUGGGGCAAUGUUACACGAAGCAUAAUGACGAACCUUGUCGAAUGCGUCUUCCUGCACGAGGCUUGCACGCUUUUCGGGUUCUUAGACUUGUCACAGUUAAUGACUAACAGAUAAUAACCCAUAUAGGACAAAAUUCCAAGAAAAACAGCGCAAAGAUAUCUAAAGGCUUUACGUCCUUUCCAGACAGUGAAAUCAAAUGAAGUACAAAGUUAAUUUGGAAAAAUGUAGCCUUUAAAGUGGAGGUUUUUUUAUUAUUUACAAUAUUUAAAGAUCAGUGCACGGAAAAAUGGGAAGCAAAAGCCACAUGGCUCUAUCCCACCACAGGCUGUCCCGGAAAAAAAGAUAUAUACGGAGACGACGACUGUUGCGGAUGCAGCAGACCGAACAGGCAAAGCAUUCUACAACAGCUGAAGAUACUAGUAAGAAAUACAAGCAAGCAAUCGUCGGAUUUAAUCAAAUCGUCGGAUCACUAAAUGGCACAACACUUCUUAUCCCAAUAAUACAGUGCCUGGGUUCAACUUCAAAUACGGCGUCAGUACCCACAGACAAAAUGCCAAAAACACGACUGUUCACACGUUCUGUCAUAAAUGCUCGUCCGAUCAACAUGACACUAAACAUGGAGUGUACAGAGGAACCUCUGAGUGAAGUACAGUUGUCCUCGAGAACAAAACUCAAAGAUAAUUGUAACAGAGUUUCAGCUAUUUUGGAAGAACUGAUUAAGGAUCACGGAGGUAAACUAGUGUGUCAAGCUGGUGUCGUCAGCGGUUAUCAAUACACAUUGCCUACCAGUCAGACGGCAACUCCGACAGUAGUUCCAAGCAAUCCUCAGAUCUUAAACGUUGCCCAGCAGAACAAGAAUCCGGCGCCGAUCAAACUGAACAUCGGUAAGACAAGUGGAUCUCAGGGAAACAUUCAGCUGGUAGUGGAUCCGCGUGUAGGAGUCAUCUUGGGAGCCGUUACACAAACUCAAGGUACAACUACGACGACUACGUCCGUGGCGUCCACCAAUACGCAGCCGCAACAAGAGAAUUACGUGUAUACCAGAUCUGGGCGUAGGACGAAAGUUCUUCAGGUGCAACAGCCUGAGAUCAUAGAAGAGCCCGCACCUGUUGCCCGCGUGAGAGCGAAGCCCGGACCAGCGACGCACGUUGUUACACCAAUAACUACUGAUGCUGCAGCGACUACUAGUUCACAAGGUGUGACAAAUCUCAGAAUAAAAACUAUGAACAAACAGCAGACUCAGACAAACCAGCCGACUCAGAAACCUACGGAACACACUAGUAUAGGGGGGAUAUCCGUCGGCAGCAAAAAUGCAGCAGCUUGUGAACAAAUUGACGAGGUGAAGAAGAAUCAGCCCGAUGGUCGGGAGUUCACGUUUAACAAGACCAACGGUGGUCGAACUUAUCCCUCCUUAGUGGUGGUAGCGAGGCCAAAUCUACGUAACAAAGACAUCGGAGCGCAAGUUGCGCAGAAGGAAAGACAAGCAUUAGACGCUAAAGUCAAAAGCGUGCUCAUGUUUUCCGCGACGAAAUUCGCCGAAUGGUUGAUUCAACAGGGCUUGCUGAAAUCGGAGCAGUGCUGUUUGCAACAUAGCACAAAGUAUGAAAAGGUUAAGCUCAAGUUAGGAAUGUACAGUGACCAAGGAACAUUUCCUUAUUCCGGCGGCUACGUCUGGAUCUCCAAUUGUUGUCCCGAUAGAUACGUUUCCGUCUUCUCUGGUUCUGUUUUUCAAGGAGCUCCGUACACGCCUACUGUCCUGUUGAAGCUGAUUUAUCAUUGGGCAUGUCAAACUAACGUGCAGAACGUAGUCUCUUGGGUGAAAGUGUCCAACAUAUAUCUAAAAAACUUUUAUACAAAUCUACGUAGCAUUUGUACAGCGGCGGUAUGGGACAAGACUCGGAAAAUGGGUGGUAAAAACUCGGUGAUACAAGUCGGCGUGAUCAGUUUAGGCACCACGUCGCAAGAUGGACAUUUGCGACAGGUGAAAGUCGAGGUUCUGGGUGUUCUGGAUCCCGUCACGUCGGAUUUACGAUUACGCGCCUGUGACCCAAUGCAAGACGAGGAUCGAUCGUUCAAAAGACGAUUUAACAAUAUUCUACAUCCGCUGAAAGAGUGGGUGCACAAGGAUUCCAAGAUAAUGACCGAUUUCACCGUCGACAAGAGCACUUUGAACGACAUGGGAUAUAAUCACGUUGUACAGUCCGCAUUCGCGGAGCAGAAUCCUAGAAAUAUUAUGAACAACUUCCACAUCAUGGAAUAUCUACGAAAAAUCGUGCCGAGGAUGUUUCAGAACACGUUAAGUUUGCUCAGUAGACAAAUGAUACAACAAUUCUUGGACGAAUUAAUCUGGAGAGAAAUGUAUGGCGGUACGUCGGAACGCGCGUUCGACAAUAUUAUCCGGCACAUCGCAGAACAAACCAAACUCGACCUAAUUUGCACAUUUUUUUCAGACGACAAUCUGAUAGACCACUUGGCGAAAAUAGCUACCAAUCCGUUUCAUGACUGGACUUAUACAGCGAAGAAUUCAGCGAGCGACACGUUGACGUUACCAAAGGAUUCGGCACCGCAACAGCACGCGCAACAGGCCGCUGAUGUGGUAGCGUCUCAAAACGCCGCUGAGUCCGCCCUGUUAAAAUGCUCCGGUCCGAAGAAGCGAGGAAGGAAACGGAUUUAUCCCGCGCCAAGUCUGGAGCAAGACCCGAAGAAAAUUGCCCUGGACCCUAAGCCUAACAAGGAAAAGGAGAAGGAGAAGGAAGGUAAAGGCGAAAAAGAAUCGAAGGAUCUGAUUCCGCUCCAGGAAUUGUACUACGCUACGCUGGAAGGCGACAAGAACCUGAUUCUAAAGGAGCACAGGUCUUCGUUGUUUUUCAAGUGUUUCCUCUGCAUGACGAUAAUGAAGUCCAACACCGAGGUGAUGGAGCACAUGAUCAGUCACGUACCCCCGCAAGUACCUGGUCAGUCGGAAUUGUCGGUGUGCCGGUACUGUUGUAUCGCUCUCUCGUCGCAGCACCAGAUGCUCACUCACGUCGCGGAGACGCACAGUAAUUUUGGCAAUUCUGACAGCGCGAUGGUAGUUUGCGCCAUUUGCGAGGAGAAAUUCGGAAAGAACAAAUCAUUAAUCGACCAUCUAUCAUCGAUGCAUUAUCCCUCCGAGAUGCCAUAUCGUUGCGAGAGCUGCGGUUAUCGCACGUCCAGUCACAAGGACAUCAUAGAUCACUAUAACAAGGCCCAUGAGAAAGGCGAGGGACUGCAGUGUCCUUAUUGCUUGAAGGUGAUACAAUUCGCACGUGAUGGCAAUGUGAGCGCAUCCAGUGUCCAUGCCUACCUGUCGCACAUGCAAAGGCACGUUGUGAGGCGGGAUCAAGGAAAGGGCAACAAGUGCUCGAGAUGUUGCCUCUGGUUCAAUCAGAAAAGUUCGUUGACGCGACACCAGCGAGAGUUACACGACUGCAUUUCGAAUCCAAACGCGAUACCGUACUCCGCUGGUAGCAGUGGAAUAAUGAUCUCGAAGGAGCAACCGGAGGUGAAGCAAUUCACCAUAGACAGUCCACCGCCUGAGCUACCGCCGGAUGAAAAGAUACAAAAGUGGAGUAGCGGACCGAUCGUGGUGAACGCUUCCACGAGGUGCUUGCCGUGCCAGGAAUGCGAGGAGGACAUCGACGAAGAGGAUCACUACCCCGGCGAACAGCGGUGUCGGCAGUGCCGUUACGUUACGUGCUGCUGGCGCGCGUUCCAGGAGCACCGGCAACAAAUCCAUAACGAAAGACCGAAAACCAGUUUGAUCGUGCCGUCUCCGCUGAUCAACGUCCCGUUGGCAAAGAAAUUGCAGUGUUCAUGCGGCCACACGUCGAUCGAUGGCAAUCAAUUAGCGAGACACUUGAUAAAAUGUAAAACAAUGUCGGCACGUCCCGUGAAAGAAUCGGCACCAUCUGGUAUGCUCGACAGCCUAGGACUGGUCCCGAAAACUACCGAAGAGACUGUUCUGGACGAGAAAUCCGAUUAAACGUGAGACAAAACAGUGAAAUGUGCAAACUGCUUGGGGAUGAGUGCGAGGUACACAAUUGUAAAAUUGAGAAAGAGAUACGCAAGAUACAAUAUUUUUAAGAAUGAAAAAAUACAGAAAGCAUGCGUAAAGUA